GUUUCUGUUGUAUCUCCGGUGAUGAAUAGCACGAAGUAGUUCGCUCAGUUAGGCGUUUUUCUUCGACUAGUCAGCAGGAUUCUGAAAUAAAAAACGGCGGAACAAUGGUUUACUUCACCGAGCCACAAUACCAGGCAUGGAGCCACGAGGCGAGGGGUAACCUGACUGUGGUGGAUAGAGUUCCCCCGGAAAUGUUGCACCUGGUUGACGCGUACUGGUAUCAGUUUCCACCGAUGAAUCCACUGUGGCAUUCUAUGCUCGGAGUUGCAAUCGCUAUUCUUAGUGCUAUCGCACUGCUUGGAAACGGAUGUGUAAUUUAUAUCUUCACGAAAACUAAAACUCUGCGCACGCCGUCCAAUAUGUUCGUAGUGAAUCUUGCUUUCUCGGACUUCCUGAUGAUCUUCACCAUGGGACCACCGAUGGUGUACAACUGUUACUAUGAAACAUGGGUCUUCGGACCGCUUGCUUGUGAGUUAUACGGCAUGGCAGGAUCUCUUUUCGGUUGUGUUUCCAUCUGGUCGAUGACACUGAUCGCACUCGAUCGCUACAGAGUCAUCGUUAAAGGCCUGUCGGCUAAGCUUUUGACCAGCAAUGGUGCUGCGCUACAGAUACUUGCGGUGUGGGCUGCAAGCCUUGCUUGGACGAUAGCUCCACUGUUCGGAUGGAACCGUUACGUCCCGGAGGGAAACAUGAGUGUCUGCGGAACUGACUACCUCACCGACACCCUUUUGAGCCGCUCGUACAUUGGAGUGUACGCGGGUUGGGUGUACUUUUUACCACUUUUCUCUAUCAUUUAUUCGUACAUAUUCAUUAUCAAGGCUGUAUCGGCUCACGAGAAGAAUAUGCGUGAACAGGCAAAGAAAAUGAACGUUGCCUCGCUUCGAUCGCAGGAGGCUCAGAGCACCAGCGCGGAAAUAAAACUGGCGAAGAUUGCCUUGGUUACCAUCUCGCUGUGGUUUAUGGCAUGGACUCCGUAUUUGGUGAUCAAUUUUACCGGAAUAUUCGAUGCCGCACCAAUCAGUCCGUUGGCUACAGUUUGGGGCUCGCUUUUUGCCAAGGCAAACGCUGUCUACAACCCAAUCGUGUACGGUAUCAGCCAUCCUAAAUAUCGUGCUGCCCUGCUCCAAGAGUUCCCCUCACUUUCGUGCACCGAUCCUGUUGACGACGACGUUUCUAAAGGCACUGGAGCUACAUCUGUUUGUACUGAAGAAAAAUCAUCGGCAUAAUGUGGCCCUUCUGCUUUUAAGACUGACACGGAGUGCUACGAGGACUAUUGGUUUUGGAACUUAGAAUAAAAUAAUAUGAAUAAAUAUGCUGAAUGUGCAAGCUAA